GGCCGCUGAACAACGCAAGUGGGAAGAAGAGGAAGCCGCCCGCCAGCAGGAGAUUCAACGCCAGCUGGCAGAGGCAGAGGCAGAGGCAGCACGUCAGCAGGCCGCAGCAGAAGCUGCAGCAGCCGCACGGUUGCAACAGCAGCAGGUCGAGGCAGAUCAGAACCAGGCUCGUUACCAAUCCACUAUGGAUCUGACUCGCGAUGAAGCCACCUAUGGCAGGCUACUUCGCCGACAGCAUUUCCAUGAAACCGAUGAACGGCGAGAGCCAACCACGGAGGACGCAGAUAAAGAAGGAAUAGCAGUUCUGAUGGAGAAUCUGCUGUACACAUGCAAUUGGCAGCAACGCGAACUGCUCGCCACGCGGCAGGUCCUCAUCCGCCAUGAAACAACACUCAAGGCAAUGGAUAACAGGAUCACGUCGGUGCAGGCCGAGAACAGGACACCACAUGCCGCCAACAGCCAGCAGCAGACACUCAACCACCAGCUGCAGGCAGAUGUCAGCAACGGGUUGGCACAGCUGUCCGCAGCUGCGUCAACGGGCAAUGCAGCAGUCGACUGCAGCCCAGCUUUGACCGCACAGGUAAAGCAAUUGGAAGAGCGGGUCAAUCAUUUAGUCGCAUCCCUGGGCGACAUCAGCAAGUUUGCCGGAGCCUCUACAGUCAGCAAUCAGCUGCAGACGCUCAGCGACCGCGUUGAUCAACGACCRGUCGCCGUCGCCAAGGAAUGGAAGAUGCCGAACUUCAAAAUUGAGAAGUUUGACGACUAUCACAAGACCGAUCCGCUGCAAUGGUGGAUGGCAUUCAACGCAGAGGCCGACGUGCAUCAUACUCCGCCCCUACGCCGGCUGGAUGCAUUGUACCUCCAACUGAUAGGCGGAGCGCAAGCAUUCAUGACACACAUGGCCGCGACGCUUGAGUGUACCAUCGCCACCCUCCACACGAAGAUCACGUGGGAGGAGUUUGAGAAGAAAUGGAAGACCCGGUUCAUGGUGAACAAUGACAAGCGUCRCGCCUUGAACAAGAUCUUCCACAUCUUCCAAGGCCAGCAACCUUCGCGGGAAUGGCUGACGGAGUGGCAAAGACUCGUCGCCACCCCAGAGUUGAACCUACCGUUYGACUCGAUCCGAGGCGAAUUCUUCGCCCGAUCCUGCGACGCCUUGACUGCUGCUCUCRGCAGCGAAUACGAGUAUAAGAACUUUGACGACAUGAUCGCCAAAGCCAGAGAGCUUAUACAAGGUAACCGGCGUGCGGCUAACGAGACUCGUCAGCAGCCCGGUUACGUGGAGAAAGGAAAAGAUCAACGGACGCCGCAAGUAGCAGCAGUCCAGCAAGGACAAAGUGAGGACUACGCAGCCGCUUCGACAUCAAGUGACGGAGAUUGCAUGCCUCGACAAGGACAAAGAAAACGUCAAGCGUCCUGGCUCGGGAAACUGAGCACCGCGGGAAGUGCAGCGACAACACUUCACAGUCCGCCGGAGUCGGCUGCCUUGCUAGCAGCCUCUCUCACAUCCGGGGACACCGCGGCAGUCGCAAGUUCUCGCGUUGAGUACGAGAACUAUGCUGUCGAGCUGGUCCCACCGUUGAACCAGCCUCUCCACGUGCAAGAUUCAAGCAUAUGCGUGGCAGUUCCGCCGUCGGACAAUGAACCGGUGGCUUCGCCAGCCAUCUUAUCGGAGGAUCCGUCAACUUGGGCGAGACUUGAGGAUCUCGACCCGUUGACGGUUGAGGACUUCCAAUGGUUGCCUCUGCCCUCCACCGGUUCUUUGCCAACUCCGCAUUGCAAUGCCUUAAUGGCACAUCUACGCGAAUACUUGCACGCUGCAGUACCACCUCCGUCGACGGACGGCGGAGUAGCCGUUGUUGACCUUUGCAAUUUCCUUGCGAAGAUCGACCGCGAGUACGCAACGCAACGGUACGUCGACACCGACACACCGCUCCUCUACAUCCGCAUUCAGAUCGGAAAGGCGACCUGCAAUGCCUUGAUCGAUUGUGGAGCGACUCGCAACUACAUCGGCCAAGACUUCAUGGCACGCACCGGGCUAGGCCCGCGCGUUCGAAGGAAAAGUCAGCCUACGCACGUCACGUUGGCCGAUGGUCACACGCAAAAGUCAAUCGACCGAUGCGUUGACUCGGUGCCCGUGUACUUCGCCCCGCUAGCAAGCGAGGUCGUGUCCUUCGACAUAUUGGACACCAAGUUCGAUAUGAUCCUAGGCAUGUCGUGGCUGCAAAGCGAAGACCAUCCGGUGAACUUCCAUCGCCGCACCGUUCACGUUCGUGAUCGGCAUGGCGAACUAGUCCCGUGUACGGUGCCGCUUCCUCAUCCUUCGAUUGGUUGUCACGUGGUAUCCACGGCGAGCAUUCGCCAAUCCAUCCGGCGAAACGCCAUCGAGGAGAUGGGCAUAUGUUUUCUUCACGCCCUCCCACCCGGUGAUCAGCCCAAGACGGAUACGUCGGACCCACGCAUCAUUGAGCUGUUGGACAGCUAUGGGGAUGUCUUUCAAGCUCCCGCCGGAGUCAUACCGGAUCGGCCCAUACGUCACGGGAUCACUCUCGAGGACGGCGCCGUACCUCCGCGCGGAUGUAUCUACCGCAUGAGCGAAGAGGAACUUCAAGUGCUUCGAGCACAACUAGACGACCUCUUGGCCAAGGGCUGGAUUUUCCCUAGCUGCUCGCCAUACGGUGCUCCCGUUCUCUUCAUCCGGAAGAAGAACAAGGACCUUCGGUUGUGCAUGGACUAUCGUAAACUCAACGCACAAACGAUCAAGAACGCUGGCCCUCUCCCUCGGAUCGAUGAUCUUCUCGAGCGACUCGGCGGCGCCAAGUACUUCUCCAAGCUAGACCUCAAGUCCGGCUAUCACCAGAUCGAGAUUCAGCCAAGAGAUCGGUACAAGACCGCAUUCAAGACGCGGUAUGGGCACUUUGAGUGGAUCGUCAUGCCUUUCGGUCUCACCAAUGCCCCGGCUACUUUCCAAGCGGCUAUGACGACGGAAUUCCGCGACUUGCUCGACCGCUCCGUUCUCAUUUACCUUGAUGACAUCUUGGUUUAUAGUCGGUCGCUGGACGAGCAUCUCGAGCACCUUCGCGCCGUAUUGGAGCGGCUUCGUAUCGCCAAGUACAAGGCAAACCGCGACAAGUGCGAGUUUGCCCARCAAGAGCUGGAGUACUUGGGCCAUUACGUCACGCCGCAAGGCAUUCGUCCGCUCGCGGACAAGUUACAAGCUAUUCAAGAUUGGCCGGACCUCAAGUGUACUACCGACGUCCGCUCCUUUCUCGGCUUGGCAUCGUACUACAUGCGCUUCGUCAAAGGAUUUCAACGCAUCGCUGCACCAUUGUCACGACUUCAGUCCCCCUUGGUGCCUUUCGAGUUCAGCGACGAGGCCCGGCAUGCGUUUCACACGCUAAAGACGGCUUUGCUUCAAGCUCCUGUCCUAAGCAUCUACGACCCGACGUUGCCUACCAAAGUGACUACGGACGCUUCCGGUUACGGCAUUGGCGUGGUUUUGGAACAGCAUGACGACACAGACUGGCAUCCGGUUGACCACGGCGUUCCGGAAGACAUCGUCAGCGACCGCGACACUCGUUUCAUGUCGGCCUUUUGGACGGCACUCAUGGUGGAAUCCGACACCAGCAUGAAACCGAGCUCCGCACGGCAUCCUCAAACGGAUGGGCAGACAGAACGUGCCCACCAGACUGCGCAGAUGAUGCUCCGCACGCUCAUCCGCCCGGGUCAGAAGGACUGGGUUGUGACUCCAUUCGAGUUGCACCACGGUGGACGGAAAGGACGUAUCUUCGAAGACAUUUUGCUUCCACGGGCUGCCGAUAUCGACGCCGCUUGCUCCCCCGCUUCUACACGGAAGUACAGGGAACUGCUGGCCAAAGCCCGCGCUAACAUGCAAAAGGCUCAGGUCCGUAUGCAGCAGCAAGCGAAUCGGCGUCGCAUCCCAUGUCCAAUUCGCGCCGGCGACCUAGUUUGGGUCACCUCCGAGGAAUUCGCGCUCGAGCAGGACGUCUCGCGCAAGCUCCUCCCGAAGUGGUUUGGACCAUGGAUGGUCACUUCAGCAGCUGGCGACGACCCCGCGGGUCCAUCAUUCAUCAUUGAGAUUCCCCCGCAUUUGACAGUACACCCGGUCUUUCACGCUUCAAAGCUGGCGGUUUACACUCCAGCCUCCGCAACGGACUUCCCGGGCAGACGGUCACAGGACCCUCCUUCAAUGGACGGCCAUCAGGAGGUCGACCGGGUUCUCACGCAUCUCAAGCAUGGCAACAAGCCAAUGCAGUACAACGUUACAUUCAAGCAAUGCGAUCCGAAUGACACACGCUGGAUCUCAAGAGCUGAUCUGAAGGCAUCAGCACCCCUCAUCUUCGCGCAUUAUGAAAAACAGCGACUUGCUAAGGAAGCUGCCCAACCUGCCCGCCCUGUACGGACAUCGGACAGACAGCUUCGCCCUCGCAGUUAGCUCGGUCCUCCAAGGGGGGGAGUGUGUGGCAUACUGAGCCGGUCGGACCCCAGUUAGGGCCCGGUUCCAAGACAG